CGAGAUUAGAGAGCAUGAAUCAAGGAGAAAGUCGGUUUCAGCUCAGCAAGACAGACAGACAAAAUACUUCAAUGGGGUCCCAUUUCAACUUCCUCUUUCUACGUGAUUUCCUCUCUCUCUCUCUCUCACUCGCUUUAAAUCCUGUUCUUCCCACUUUUCCUGUAUAAAGUCGUAGCAUCUCGAGAUCGUCUUCCUCUCACAAUCUCAAUCUCUCUCUCUCUCUCUCCCGAAGCUCCUCACUCACUCUUCUCUGAGUAAGGAAAAAAAAGAAGAGCAAAAUGGCAGUGCCUAAAGCCGUUGUUCUACCUCUCUUGCUAAUCAUCUGCGGUGCUGCUCUUGGAGCUCCAUCUUACGAAGGGUACCUUCGUAAUGGAAACUUCGAGGUGUCCCCAAAGAAAACCGACAUGAACAAAACAGUUCUAAUCGGCAAAACCGCCUUGCCCGAAUGGGAAACCACCGGUUUCGUCGAGUACAUCGCCGGCGGUCCUCAACCGGGAGGCAUGUAUUUUCCGGUGGCUCAUGGGGUCCACGCCGUGAGGCUCGGAAACGAAGCCACGAUCUCUCAGAGGUUGAAAGUCAAGCCAGGCUCUCUCUACGCACUCACGUUCGGUGCGUCCAGAACCUGCGCACAGGAAGAGGUUCUCCGAGUCUCUGUGCCUCCUCAGUCCGGUGACUUGCCGCUUCAGACACUUUACAACAGCUUCGGAGGUGACGUGUAUGCUUGGGCUUUCGUUCCCAAGACUUCUGAAGUCACUGUGACUUUCCAUAACCCAGGGGUUCAAGAAGAUCCUGCUUGUGGUCCGUUGUUGGACGCUGUCGCCAUCAAAGAGCUGCUUCCUCCAGUGUACUCCAAAGGGAACUUGGUGAAGAACGGAGGGUUCGAAGAAGGUCCUCACCGUCUAGUGAAUUCGACACAAGGAGUGCUUCUCCCACCUAAGCAAGAAGAUCUCACAUCGCCUUUACCAGGAUGGAUCAUAGAGUCACUCAAGGCAGCGAAAUUCAUAGACUCCAAGUACUUCAAUGUCCCCUCUGGAAAAGCCGCGAUCGAGCUCGUUGCAGGCAAAGAAAGUGCCAUUGCACAGGUCAUUAGAACUACUCCAGGUCAAACCUACAGCCUCUCCUUUGUCGUUGGAGAUGCUAAAAACGACUGCCAUGGAUCCAUGAUGGUUGAAGCUUUUGCAGCCGGAGAUACGCUGAAAGUGCCACACAGUUCCGUUGGCGGUGGACACUUUAAGACCGCGAGCUUCAAGUUCAAGGCGGUCGAGGCAAGAACUAGAAUUACUUUCUUCAGUGGCUUUUACCAUACCAAGAAAGCUGAUAUCGGAUCUCUCUGUGGGCCUAUCAUUGAUGAGGUUGUGGUUACUCAUGUUCGUUAGAUCGAUUUUUAAGCGUUAUGACCACUGAAUCUUGUCUUGUUACACUCUCGGCGUUAGACUGCUCCUGGACUUGGUUCUUUGCUUCCUAUGUCUUGCUCCUUUUGGACUUAAAAGUUCAUUAGUGAUAUAAUAUAUAUUGUGGUAUGAGAAGUUUUAUGUUAAAUGAAGAGUAGUAAUAAACCAAGAAUUUAAAAGCUGGAGCAAAAUUUGAAAUCGUCCCCAUGAAAGUGUAAAGAUUGAAGUAGUUG